AGAGCGCAUGACUGACAUGAAGUGAACAACAAGAUCGGGAUGUCAGACCAGACACCACAUUCGCGAACAACUAAUCGCACACAGCAUGCAGCAGGCGUUCUUCGUUCACUCAAAGAUUGACUGGAGUUCUGGAGUUGUGCCCUUAUACGCUCUUGAGUAAGCAACCCCCCUCCCCAAAGACCGCUUUAACGCUCGAACUCCCAAGACUGCGAUUCCCCUGUCCUCACAACCAGCAAGAGUCAGCCAAACCCCUCAAGUCAACCGCGGCUCAAGUUUGGAAAUAAGACAACCAAACUACAAAACAAGCACAUCACCGGGGGGCCACCGAUUGCACGGCACGACAACAGUCACAAGCGACGCCAUGGAACGAGAGCUGGACGAUGGUGACACGAAGCGACACAUGGCCCUGCUUGUGAGCGGCAUGACCGAAGCGUUUGCGGCACUCGAGGCGCAGGUACCUCCCGAACACAUCGAGACGCUUGCGCGUCUUAUUGUCGUCAGCAUGAGCGGGCCGCAUCGCGUGUACCACUCGUCACACCAUGUGUUUGCGGUUGUCCCCGAGGACGCCGCCUCAGACCCACUGGCAUACCUAGCAGCAGCCUUUCACGACGUGGUCUACCUUCAAGUGGACGAUGGCAUCGCACCGUGCUUUCUGCCUAUCCUCCACCGCGCACGGCUCCUGCCUUUGCCCUCAGAGGAGGCAACAGCGCGUUCGCAGGCGCAGGGUGCCGGCCAGGACGAUACCACGCUGCAACAACAACGACAACAAGAACAAGAAGAACAAGAACGAGAAGACGAGGCCGACGAGGAUGAGGAGCGCUUGGGCAAGCGCGACCAAAACCACGCCGCCGAUACUGCAACCGACAUCACCAAGGAGACCGGUCAUCAUGAUCCCCAAGUUCAGCAGAUCGUCGACAGCCCACGCUUGAUGGCGGAUGCGACAGGCCGGUAUGACAAGCGACGGGAGGCACUGCGCCGCCCGUGUGAGCUUGCCCUCCUCGCCGACACUCUGGUUGAGUACGAGCACCCGUGGCAGCCUUGCCGUCGCCGCCGCCGCUACCGCCGCCACGCUAGGCUUAACAGCAUGGACAGCAACACCAGUUGUGCCUCGAGCUCAACUCAAGCCUCGGACCUCUCCUUCUUCCCUCCUUCCCCCUCCUCCCCUUUGCCCCUGUCCACGACAUCAUCACCACUGUUGACACCCUCCGCCCCGUCGCCGCCGCUGCAGGCUGCAACGGAUUCCCGACGUGAGCACAGAGAGCGUGCCGUGGAUGCUGCCGGCAUCAGCUGCACGCGUGCUGAUCCAGUCUUACCCACAGGCGCAGCAGAGGUGCUUUCUUGGUGGCACGAGGAUGACGACUGUUCUUGCGGCUGCAGCCCUCGUGGCAAGGAGGGCAAAGGCGAUGAGAAAGGCUGGGGCUUGGCUGGUGCGAAGAACCCUCGCAGGAGCAACGGCAGCAACAACGACAGCGGCAACGACAGCGGAAAUGACAGCAGUGGUUACAGUCGCCACCAGCACUGUGUGUGGUCGUCCUCCUGUGACUGCGCGAUGGCCCAAGCGGCGGCAGCAGCAGAAGACCUGUGUGAGAGACGGGCACGGGCACAACUGUUGUGCUAUCGCCUCUUCGGACACUCGUCUGGGGAGCUGCUGCCGUUCGAGAUUGGUGCACAGGGCCUGAACGAGUUUCUGAGCUGCGUGGUUGCAAUGGACAUGCUCGCGCCCUGGCUGACAGAGGUGCAGCUCCUGUACGUGUGCACAUGCAUCGAGGCCACCAUUCCUUUCCGGGUGCAGGCAUCUGUUGAUCUCCUGUACGAGCGAUGCACGUCUGCACUCACAGAUGUGCUGCGAGCCGAACAUGAGUGUAACGGUUGGCGGUAUGACCAACAGCCACAGCGGCAGCCGCAGCGGCAGGAGAAGGAAGACAAGCAAGAGGAGCUGGGGCAGCAAGAGCCAAGGCAGCAGCAAAGGCAGCAGCGCCCCAGACACUUGUGGCAAAUGACGCAGCAAGAGCUGGUGGUGGCGUUCAGCAAGGUGUGCAGGGGCGGGAGCUGUAGGAGCUGUCACAGCUGCACCAGCUGCGACGAGGCUUGCACCUGCUGGUUGGAUACGGCAGCAAAGAUGCUGGGUGAGGAGGCGGUGGCGAUGGCCUGUGCAAUGGCCGCUCGAGACGUGAGCAACUUUGCUGCCGUUGACACGCGCAGUUUUGUGAUCAACACGUGGAAGUUGCUGCCAGAGCUCAACACCUCGCUCCGCGAUCGCCGCGGGUUCACGCUGAAGAACUGGAUGGCUGCACUCGCAGGCAACCUGAGCUACUUUGGAUUUCUACUCAGCAACCCGUUUCUUGUGUUCCCGCGGCAUGGCCAGUGUCGGAGCGACGACGAGCAAGCUGUCUUGCUCGCACGCACCUUCACCAACCUGUCGCGUGGGCGCGCCUACGUUGGCGCACGCUUCGUCACAGCCACCAUCAGCCACGCGCUGCUGACGUUGGCUGGUGUGGGCGUGGACACAACCCCUGCGUGGUCGCUGUUUCCAGGCGGUGUUGGCGGCGCUCUGCCUGAUUGCGGUGACGACGACGGUUCGGAUGGAUGGGCCAGUAAGAGUGGCAGUGAUAACGAUGAUGAUGAUGAUGAUGAUGAUGGUGAUGGUGAUGGUGAUGGUGAUGGUGAUGAUGAUGGUGAUGAUGAUGGUGAAGACGUGCUGCUUGAUAGUGAAGACAGUGGCGUGCAGCAUACCAACGGCAAUGACUUUGAUGGCGACCGCCGGCGUGCUGGCAGCUACGCACCACAUCAGCCACACUUGUUGCCUGAAGCAGUGGAGAGUAAGGGCAACAUCUCUUGUAAACAAGGAGACGCUGGGGCAGCAAACAGCCAAAAUCAGCAGCUCAGUGACAGCACCGACACGCCGUUUGAUUUUUGCAACGAGCGUGCACCCGUGUGCGAGUACGUGGACGCCCUGCUGCGGUUUGGCUUUAACAGCCCUGACACGUGUAACCUUGAUCAGCCGGCGUGCGAGGCAUCGUUGCGAGUGUACCGGGAGCUGCUGAAGCAGCACGCGGGGCAAGCGUUGGCACCUGAUGCCAGCUGCGUUGAGCUGUGUGUGCACAAGUGCUUGGCGUAUCACCGGGGCGAGUUGGGUGCAGAGAGCUUCCUCCGCGGCAUUCCCGUGGACGUGGUUGAUGUGGUUGCCGAGCACGCGUUGGCGGGCGUGCUGUCUGACGAACAGGACGACGAGGUUGCACUGUUUAUUGAAUCGCUGCCACCAACAUCAACUACAGCAGCUGUGCCCGCCAGCGCACAGGAGCAGAGCACGGUGGCAUCACCAGGCGGAAGGAGACUGAGCCCAACAGGCAAAGUGACCCUUCGUGCUACGCGGCGCAUGCUGCGGCGUCGCCGGCAGGUGUCUGCGUUGAUCAGGAAUGGCACGACGUCCCUUCCUGCAACAGACCCGGUCACGUUCUCCGAAGGGUGGCCCGCACCAUCACCUUCCAUAUCCGCUGUCGUGCUGCAGCGCGCACUCAGUGCCAGACGCCGCGGCCGCACACGCUCGACCACCACCUCGCUCCAUGCAGUCGAAGCGAGUGUCGCGUAGUGUUGUGCACUUGCAAUGUG